AUGGAGCUUGAGCUACCCAAACGAUUGUAUGCAGAGGGUUCAGAACCUCGGGUUAAGAAGAUAAACAACAGUUUCCGCAUGGAACUUAUCAGAGAUCUGAAGAAAGCUAUGUGUGCAGAGUACGAUGAUGUGAAGAGAGAUCCUGUUUUCACACAUAUCAUGGCUAUUGCCGAAAAUGAUCUCAAGUUCUCUAGGAAACUAGUGGAUAGCUUCAUAUGUAGGCAGCUGAUUACCUCAAAGCUGCAUGAGAAGUGGUUUGUUUUUGCGAGGACGCCUCUCCGGUUUUCGUUUCAGGAGUACCAUGCUAUGACAGGCCUCAAGAUUACACGGGAAACUAACAGUGACGUAGUGAAAUGGAAAAACGACGGGGUUUUUUGGAGUAACCUACUGCACACAGGUGGUAAGAUCACCUUGCAGUCGAUCAGAAAGGUUCAUCUACAAGAAGUUCACACUUGGACGCGGCUUGAUAAGAUGAGGUUGAUCUACUUGUGUGUAAUAGUGGGUGUGGUGAUGGGGAGAGAUGAGAAGGUGUCCAUCCCUCAUAUGUACAUCAAGUUGCUGAUGGAUUUUGACAAAGUUCGGAAGUUCCAUUGGGGUCUUCACUCGUAUGAUUUCCUGCUGAGUUCGAUUGAGAAGGCUAGGAAGAAGUUGGGUAAGAAGGAGAGCUACAUUUUCGAGGGUUUCUCCUAUGCUCUCCAGAUUUGGAUUAUGGAGGCAAUUCCUGAUUUUGGAGAAAUAUUAGGCAGAAGAGUCUCAGACAGCUUCAAAGGUCCAAGGUGUGACAAUUGGAAAGGAGUUGCAAAAGUUUCUUAUGAAGACAUCAUUGAGCUCGAGGACUCCCUAAUUAAGAAGGAUAACUUGUUCUCGGUCAUAUCAGUGACUGGUAAUGGUGAUGUGUUUCUAGAUGUUGACUAUAUAAGGAAGGGUGAGGUGGAAGAUGAACGAGUGGACCUUCUUUUGGAGAGGAUCAGGAACAAGUAUGAUUGGAGCAGCACAGACUGGCCAGUUUUAGACCCUGAAAAAACUAAAAUGGAGGAACCCGACUGCCAUGAUAGAGGGUCAGAAGCUGAUAAGAGCGUGGAUCAUACGGAUGUUGUAGCAGACGAGGAGACCUCUUCGGUUAAGAUUGCAGGAAAAGGCAAGAGAAAGUUUCUUGAUGAAGGAGCAGAGACAAGAAAGAAGAAGGUGAUGUGUAAGCGAUCAGCAGAAAAGUAUCUGACUUUUGGUCCUGAAACUAAGAGUUUCAUUGAGGGUCUUAUCCGCACAUCUGUCACUUCAUUGGGAGAUGUGCUCAGUAUGCAAAUGGUGAAUAUGGAGAGGGUGUUUACAGAGAGGAUGGAGAAGAUGGAGAUUGAUGUUUCACAGCUCAGGGACGCAAUCAGUUUGACUGGUGAAGGAAACUAUCCUAGCAAGAAAGAAGCUGAAGAAGCUCCACUAAACAGCAAAGCCAAGCAAGCUCCAGAUGAGAGCAAAGGCGCUCAAGCUCCACCUAAGAGUAAAGGCGCUCAAGCUCCACCUAAGCGCAAAGGCGAUCAACCUACUCCAACAAAAAAGGAUGGGAAAAAGAUUGCUACAGAAACUAAUGAUUUUGAUUUCGGAUUGAGUACACAAGACUUGCGGGACCUGUCCCAAGUUACAUUUGUUGAGGGUUUUGAUCUGUUUCAAGUGAAAGUUGAGACCUCAAGUAAAUCAAAACCAUUGAACAUGGCUCCACUGCAGUGGAAUGAUGAGCAAAUAGAUCGAACCAAAGAAGACUCGCCAGAUGCCGCGUCGGUGUUUUUCCGUGAAGAGGAUUGGGAAAAAGUUAGAACUUGGUCAACUUCCUCCACACGUCUACGGAUUGGACCUGCCACUUUAGAUUUUGAGAUUGCUAAUCGUCUUAUGGAUAAAUCUGAGUGGGUUGAUAGCUUGGAGAUUGACGCCGCAAUGUACGUAUUCCGGGAGAGAACAUCUUUGAAACGAUGGAGACCUCAUUGUGUCGCCUUCAUGACUGUCGUCUUCAGCGAUAAGAUUAAAAAAGAGUAUGGUCAUUUAGAAGCUCAGGGUAGAAAGAGCUACAUGCUUCAUAAUUUGCUACUGCAGUACGGUAAAGGGGUCCUUCCACCACAUGGCAGGACAAAUGAGAUAUGGAAUAUAGAUGUGGAUCGGCUGUAUGUCCCUGCUCUUGUCAGUGGGAAUCAUUGGAUAACCUUGUGCAUCAGUUUCGUGACGAGGAGCAUUGAUGUGUUCGGCUGCUCGGGUAGGAAAAGGUACAAGGAGGUGGAUGGGUUCGCAAACCUUAUUCCGCGUAUUGUCAAGGCAGUUCAGCCUAUGAGACACCAGAAGGAUUUCGCAGUCGGUGCAUAUACUGUUUCCUAUGUCCCCGUUGGGAAUCUGAAUAAAAGUGCAUGUGACUGUGGCGUCUAUGCAGUGAAGUUCAUUGAGUGCCAUGCGCUUGGAUUGGAGUUGUCGUUGUUGCAUGAUGGUAACAUUAUCGAAGCUCGCCACAGGAUUUUAUUGGAUCUUUGGGAAGCAGCUAAUGAUCCGGAAUUGAUUGACAGGAUGUCAAAGUAUCAAUCCCCAGAGUGUCUCUCUUCGACUGUAGAGGAGAUUCUGUGA